AUGCAGUCCAUGCCAGUGCUGUUCCGACAGUCUCUCAGACACACUGUCAAUCUCACCAGACCUUCUGCUCCCGCCGUGCGCUCGCCGCUGCUGUCGACCGUUGGCCCGAAAGCUCUUCCCGUCGGCAAUACCCCCCGGCGAAGCUUCUCGGUCUGUUUACAGUGCCAAUUCCGGAAACAGUCGGUUCUGUAUUCGACUAAUGAGUCGGAUAAACUGAAAGAUGGGAAGCCGGCGGAUCAGUCGGUGAAUGCAGAGCUGGCGGAGGUGGUGCGUGACGGCAUCCUUAAGACCGAGGUGGAUGCGGGGAGCAGCAACAGCAGCAGCAGCAGCCAGGGAUCUCCCACUGCGACGGAGAGUACAAAGACGCACAAGCCUGAACAGUCUGAAUUAGGGGGAACCCAUGAGGGCAAAGGGCAAAGCUCAUCAGGGGAUGGUAGUCUUCCGUCGUAUCUGGAGAAUCGCAGAUCGCAGUUUGCGAAACAGUUCGGGACCAUGAUGGAUAACUUGCAGUCGAAUGUUUUCGUGGCAGGCCAGCGAUUGAACGAUUUGACUGGCUAUUCAUCAAUUGAAGCGUUGAAGAACGAGAUUCAUAACCAAGAGGAACGCCUACGCACCGCCCGCCUCCGAGUCCGCGAAACCAAAGAUGCCUACUCCGCCGCUAUCAACCGACGAUCGACCUCCCAGCGUGAAGUGAACGAGCUGCUGCAGCGCAAACACGCCUGGUCGCCUGCGGACCUGGAACGCUUCACCCAUCUCUACCGGAACGACCACACCAACGAAGUCGCCGAGAACGAGGCCCAGGAGGCCUUGUCGGCGGCGGAGCGCGAGUCGGAAGAGGCCGCCGCACAGCUAAGCCGGUGCAUCCUCUCUCGAUACCACGAGGAACAGGUCUGGUCGGACAAGAUCCGUCGCAUGAGUACAUGGGGCACAUGGGGACUGAUGGGCGUCAACGUGCUCCUCUUCCUCAUCUUCCAGAUCGCCGUCGAGCCCUGGCGCCGUAAGAGGCUGGUAAAGGGCUUCGAGGAGAAGGUCAUUGAAGCUAUUGAGAAGGAGAAGGUCUUGACACAGACUCAGGUCCUUGGUGCGGCGAAUGUGGUGGCUCAGCAGAGCCCUGUCCCUACCACUACCGCUACUCCCGAGAUCGCUGAAGCAUCUUCUUCCACGACGGCAUCUGAGACCUCCGAGCAGCCUGUCUCCAGUGUCAGUCCUGUCGAGCCCGCCGAAUUGGCCCCAGCCACUACUACUCCCACCACGCCAACCGAGCCCACUCCCACCCCCUCCACCGAAAACCCCGCCGCCUGGGACGAUACCAUCAAAACGCAAAUCUCGCGCCUCUCCUCCCCUCAAUCCGUCGAAUCCUGGCGCCAGUACUUCCACGACCUCUUCAGCGACCGCAGCAUCACCAUCACGCAGCGGGAUCUCUCCUCCGUGGCUCUGCAAAGCGCCGCAGCCGGCGCGGCUAUCAUGGGCCUUGUCAUUGCAUUGAUACGACCGCGGUGA